CUCAUCGGUUUAUGAAUAAAUUUGAAUUAGCUCUCCAAACUCAGCAAGAAUUAUUAAACUACAUUCUAUCAACCUAAUGGAAGGAUGAUUUAGAUAAAUAAGAAUUAGAAGUAAUAUUUUAGAAAGUUUAAGUAUAAUAAUAAUCCUAUUAGAAUACUUGCAAUAUUAAAUUGGAUAUUGACUAAUUCUUUUCCAAAGAGAAAUAAGAAUAGUUAAAAUCAUAUUUAUAUGAAAAAUAAUAACAAGUAAAUAUGGACACAAUUAUUUCAGAUUAGAAGAAUAAAUAAAAGUUUACAGGAAACUUUAAAUAAGUCACCAUAAGUGUAAUAAUCUCCAACAUGUGUAAUAGCCUAAUUACCUCCAAGAUUCAAAAAUAACAAAGUGUCUUACUUCUAAUAGAUGUAAUUAUAGCAAUUUAAGAAUUUAGUCAUUAUUUCAAAACUAAUCUGAUUGAAUUGAAGAGUUGCCAUUAAAAAUUAAGCUAAGAGAUAGAAUUAAAAUAAUCUAGAGAAGCAAUAUAAAAAUAAAUUAACUUAUUACAAAUAGCGGAAAAUUUUAAAUUUGAACUAAAUUGUUUAGAAAGUGAAUUGAUGUAAAAUAGACUUUAAUUAAAUGAAUAAUUUGAGGUCAUCAGAAAAUAAAUAGAAAUUACUAUUGAGGAUGACUUGCUCCAAAAUUUAGUGAGUUAUUGCACAGCAAUUUCAAAAGCAAAUAUAAUAUUAAAGAAGCAACUAAUUAUAAUAAAACAAAUAUAUUCAUUUGAUACAAAAGAUUUGUAAAUACAAUAAAUUUAUUUUAGUUAUUUGUAGAUGAUGGAUAUAGAUAAAGAAAAUAAACAAACUAGUUAUUCUUAAGAUACUGAUGUUACAAGUUAAUAAUCACCAUAAAAAAAUAGCGAUUAAAAUAAAAUAAUCAACAAAAAUAUUAGAAAUCAAGAAUGUUUGUGUUCAAUAUUUUGA